AGGUGCUGCCUCUGGUCGUCGGCAGCUUUCAGAGGUGCCUUUAGCAACCCACAGCCAGCGCUUUUUGCGCUAUUCAAAGGCGAGAUGUUGGGACUUGGCGCUUCUGGCGUUGGCGGCGCGGGUCGCCCGUGCAGCCACGGAGGCUCCGGAGGUGUUGGAGCAGGAGGAAGGAGAAGCAGAGGAAGCAGAAAUAGAAGAGGAGAUUGCGGAGGUUUCCAUGCCGGCUCUAGAAUUUGACCCCGAGAGGGCGGAAGGUAUUGUUGCAGCGGUCAAAGAAGCCAAGAAGCAACAGCUGGGAGCAUUGGAUUUGCUUCGUGAGCGGAAUCUCAUCACAGACGAGGCAAGCACGGUGCAGGCCUUUCGAGCUCUGCGGCUAGCAGGGCUUCACGAAGAGGUCAUGACGCUCUUUGCGAAGAUGGAGGACACGACCGUGUCGCCCGAAAUCUAUGCAGAGCAGAUGGCCUCUUUGGAUUCGUUGGGACUGACCCAAGACAUUUUCGAGCUCAUGGACAGCAUGAGGAAGAAGAAUGUCACGCCGAACGUCUCCUGCUACAACAGGAUCAUGAGAAUCCAUGCCCAAAACAGGGCAACACGAUCUGCUUUCCAACUGCUGGAUGACAUGCAAGAGAAUGCAGUGAAGCCAGAUGUGCACACCUACGAUUUCGCUUUAGGCUCCUGCAACAGCAGAAAGAAGUGGGAGAACAUCAUCACACUUUUGGAUGCGAUGCAGGUGGACGGUGUGCAGCUGAAUUCCUCGUGCUACAGAACCGUCAUGCACGGAUUGUCCUACUCACAGUACCACGAGCGCUGCUACGAUCUCUAUGUCCAGAUGCGGGAGAAUGGUAUUUCCCCCGAAGAACAUCACUUGUGUGAUUUGUUGCGUGCUCUCUUCGGUGAAGAAGGGCAGCCGAGAGAUAAGGAGAAGGCCAUGCAGACCUUCCAGAGCCUCGUUGAAGACACUUCGGUGAAGUUCAGCGAGGUCCACUUCGACAUCGCCAUCAGCAUGUGUGAAAAGGAGGGGCGGUGGCGGGAGAUCUUAUCAUUGGCCACCGCCAUGGGUGGACGAGGCAUCAUCCCUCACUCCAUGACCUGCAACGCGGUGCUUAAGGCCUGCGUUCAGCUUGGCAAAUGGGAAGUGGCUUUGAAGCUCUUGGUUAGCAUGGAGAGGGACGGCACUGAGCUGGAUCGCAUUGCCUACCUCACAGUGCUGACAGCCUGUGAAAGGGCCAGAAAGUGGGACGAGGUUCUGAAGCUCUAUGCCGACAUCGAAGAACGGUUCCCGUCCUUUGUCAACCCAGACAUGAGGCUGCCGACAAUUGCGGCCCUCUGCGAGGUUGGGAGAGAAGAUGAAGCUAUAGCAUUGUACCGCGAGAGCUUUGGUUCAGCAUUAGCCCGGCAGCAGUCCAGGCGUCGAGGCAAUGAUCCCAUCGUUUUGGAUGCGCGAAGAUUGUCCCGGCAAGUUGCUGGCAUCAUGAUGAGAUGUGCCUUGGAAGAUUCGGCCAAGAGUGCGGAUGCUACAGCCGCAAGGGCUGCAAAGCCUAUGGCCCUUGCUGGCUUCACCCCGACGGGGCUCAAGGAUAUUUUCAUCGCGGUGAAUGCUGCCGACCUAGAAGAUGAUCAGCCGCUCUCCAACUCCACUGCCGAAGCGUUACUUUCGGUGGCGAGGGAGAUGCUGGGGGCUGAUGCCGAACUGGAGUGCCAACAGACUCCAUUCCCGGCAGUGAAGGUACCAGGAUUGAGCUUACAACCCAUGCUUGUGCAGCAAGUCCAACAGGUCUGUUGCAAGAACACCUGUCACAGCAACCUACUCCGUACUUUUCCGGGGAAGGUGCUGAGGGUUUUCCAGCUCGCUAUUGCGUUGGUGGCCAUCGCUCUUAGGUUGGAGGCCAUCACUAUUAGAAACAAAGAAGAACGAAAAGAUAGUAAAGUCCAGUCUAAUAGAUUUGGCACUUAGGUUGGAGGCCAUCGCUGCCGCUAGUAGAAACAAAGAACAAAGAAAAGCGAAUAAGGGCUAGUCUAAUAUACUUUGCAAUUAGGUUGGAGGCCAUUGCUGCCAGGCCAAGACCUGGCGUGGCGUGCGCCAUGGCCUGUCACCGCCGGAGGGUCUGAAGGCGCAGA